CCGGGAGUCGUAGUCCGGAACGCGGGGGGCGCCGGGAGCUGUAGUCUGUACCGCCUACCCAGUCAGCGCCGGGCUUCCUGCCCCGCAUUCGGAGCCCAGAGUCGCUGCUCAGGGGGAUGCGGGAGCCCCUGGUUCCGGGGAGCAGAGAGCAGGCGGGCUCCAGGUCCCGGUCUCCUGAGCGCCUUCUCCUGCGCCCCGCACGCAGGAGCGGAGGGCGGCAUGUCCCAGGGCCCAGGAGCGCCGCCACGACCCUCUGUGUACCACGAGCGGCAGCGCCUGGAGCUGUGUGCCAUCCACGCCCUCAACAACGUCCUGCAGCAGCGGCUCUUUAGCCAGGAGGCUGCCGAUGAGAUCUGCAAGAGGUUGGCCCCCGACUGCCGGCUGAACCCCCAUCGCAGCUUCCUGGGCACCGGCAACUAUGACGUCAAUGUGAUCAUGGCCGCUCUGCAGGGGCUGGGCCUGGCCGCGGUGUGGUGGGACCGAAGGAGGCCCCUGUCCCAGCUGGCCCUGCCCCAGGUGCUGGGGCUGAUCCUGAACCUGCCGGCGCCUGUGUCGCUGGGGCUGCUGUCGCUGCCCCUGCGCCGGCGGCACUGGGUGGCCCUGCGCCAGGUGGAUGGCGUCUACUACAACCUGGACUCCAAGCUGCGGGCGCCCGAGGCGCUGGGGGAUGAGGACGGCCUCAGGGCCUUCCUGGGGGCCGUGCUGGCCCCGGGCCUGUGCCAGGUGCUGGUGGUGGUGACCAAGGAGGUGGAGGAGAAGAGCAGCUGGCUGCUGACCGACUGACCCCGGGGCGGGUGCCCCUGCCGCGCUGCCUGUCCCUGCUGAGUCCCGCCCGGCUCCCCGGGGCCUCCCCACCGGCCACCAUGGGCCCCCGAGGCCCCGCCCCAACCCCCCUCCUGCUGCUGCUGCUGCUGCUGUUGCCUCAAUAAAUCAGAUUUGUUCCUUU